AUGUCCCAAAUUUUGAAUAUUAAGCAAACCAACAACUCUGCAUGCGAUUCCACCCAUACAUGCAAUACAAAUAACAAACUUGCCAUCAUUGGCAUGUCAUGCCUCUUCCCAGGACAUGCUUCCAAUGUUGAUUCUUUUUGGGAUCUUCUUUCGAGUGCAUCUGAAACAUGUUCUCAACAAUAUCCUUCCAAUCGAAUGGCUUCAUCAAAAUUCAAGCAUCAAGCCUAUAGUGCUGGUCACUUUUUACAAAAGUCUCUCGAUGAAUUUGAUUAUGAAUUCUUUGAAAUUUCCAAGAAAGAAGCUUGUUCCAUGGACCCUCAACAUCGUUUAUUGCUUCAACAAGUGUAUCAUGCUUUUGAAGAUGCUGGUAUUCCAUGGAAUGAAAUUAAAGGAAGCAAAACUGGAGUCUUUUGCAGUGUCAUGAAUCAAGAUUAUUUGACAAUGAGAGGAUGGCACGAUAUGGAUACGUUCAACUCGUAUACUUUGAUUAAUUCAUCUCCUGCAAACAACUCUGCCAGAAUUUCAUACCACUUUGAUUUGAGAGGACCAUCCUUUACAUUGGAUACGAUGUGUUCUGGUUCUCUAGUUGCCUUGAAUUGUGCUGCAGAAAGUUUACAAAAAGGAGAAUGUGAGAUGGCCGUUGUUGCUGGUGUCAACUUGAAUUUUAUUCCUCAUGAAUUUGUAGCUCAAAAACUCAUUGGUGCAGCUGCUCAAGAUGGUCGUUGUAAAACCUUCUCUUCUCAAGCAGAUGGUUAUGGAAAGAGUGAAGGUGUUGGUGUUCUCAUUCUGAAAAAGUAUGGUGAAUGUGAUAAUUCAUCCUACAGAAUUCAUGGACUUGUUGCUGGAACAGGCGUGAAUCAUGAUGGAGAUCGUAAAUCAGGUAUUACCAUGCCAUCGUUUGAAGGUCAGCUCGAGUUGUUGCAACACGUUUACAAGAAAAAUGGCAUUGAACCUCAUCAAGUCUCGUAUGUGGAAGCUCAUCAGACUGGUACCAAAGUAGGAGAUCCUAUUGAAUGUAAUGUAUUGAAUCAUUUCUUUGGAGUUGCAAGGAAAAAUCAUGGAAUGGAUAAAUUACCUAUCGGAUCCGUGAAGAGUAAUAUUGGACACACGGAAGCUGUGAGUGGUAUUGCUAGUAUUAUCAAGGCUCUCUUGAUGAUGAAAAAUCAAAUGUUCGUACCAACCAUUCAUUGCCAAGAUUUGAAUCCAGAAAUUCAGUUCGAUAAGAAACAUUUGAGAGUCGUGAGAGAAAUUGAACAAAUUCCGCAGGACGUUCAUUCAAAUCCAAUUAUUAUUGGUAUUAAUUCUUUUGGAAUGGGUGGUACCAACGCUCAUGUUAUUUUACAAAGUUAUCAAAAGAAGAAGGAGAAUAAUGCAAAGGCUUUGAACACAGAACACACUCCACGAGUUCUUCCAUUGGCUGCUAAGAGUGAAUACUCUUUAAAGAUGAUGGCUUCCAAUCUCUUGAAAUUCCUUCAAGACAAUUCUCAAAUUAGUUUGGAUCAAAUCUUGUAUAAUUAUUGUGAACGAAAGAGUCAUUUCAGCGAAUUUAGAGCUGGUUUAAUUUUUGACAGCAAGGAUUCUCUCAUGAACACAUUGUCAAAACUCUCUGACAAGUUUGAAAAUAACGACUUGUGUCAAACAGGAAAAACAAACAAGCGUGAUGUAGGACGUUCAGAAAUUUGCUUUGUAUUUUCUGGCCAAGGUCCACAAUGGUUCAUGAUGGGUCGACAAUUACUUGAGUCAUGUUCAGUGUUUAAAGAGACCGUAUUGAGAGUGGAUCAAGAGCUAAAAAAGUAUCAACAAUCUGGAGAGAAUUGGUCCAUUUUCGAUGAAUUAAGCAACAAGACUGAGAAGGAUUCUCUGAUUUACUCGACCAAUGUUGCUCAACCUUGUAUUUUUGCCUUACAAAUUGCACUUUAUGAAGUAUUGAAACAACAUUCCAUUCAUGCAAAGGUAGUUGUGGGUCACUCGGUUGGUGAAGUUGCAGCUGCUUUUGUGUACGGUGCCCUUACUUUUGAGGAAGCUGUUUAUUUGAUUUAUCAUCGUGCUCGAUUGCAACACAAAUGCAAGGACAUUUUGAAGGAAAAGUAUUCAAAAUCAGGUAAAAUGAUGACAAUUAAUUUGGGAUUGGAAAAGACCUUAAGCACUUUGGAGAUUCUCGGUUUUAAGGAUCUUGUUGAAAUUGCCUCUAUUAACAGUGAUAAUUCAGUGGUAGUUGGUGGAGAGGAGCAGAUUUUGAAACAACUUCAACAAGAAAUGACCAAAUAUUUUGAGUCUGAUUCCACCAUUCGUAUCAAUUGCAUCUUUUUGAGAAAUGAAGCUGCAUUUCACACAAGCCAAAUGGAUGAAAUUAAGGAUGAAUUGUUGGAGACUCUUAAUAAGAAAUUGCACACCAAAGAAAGAGGUACGACUAAAUCCAAUGACAACAUUCAAGCACUCUUUUCUACUGUAUUUGGUACCAAGUCAUCUCUUCAAGAUAUGAGUACAUCUCAGUAUUGGUGGCAAAAUGUGAGAGAAGGUGUUAAAUUUUCUCAAACCAUGGAAGACAUCUUUGAGAGAUACAAGACUGUGAAAUAUGUGAUUGAAAUUUCACCUCAUCCAGUACUCAGUGGAUACAUCAAAGAUAUUGCAAGCAAAGUACGUGGAUCCAAUGAUACUACUGCAGUACUUCCUACGUUAAUGAGAAAGAAAGAUGAAGAGGUUUGCAUCAAGCAAUUGUUAGCAUCACUCUAUGUCAAUGGGUACGAGAUGAAUUGGAAGAAUAUUAAUCGUCUCUGCAUGGCUGAAAAUCUGACAUUGCUUGAUUCUCUUCCAAAAUAUCCUUUCCAAUUGCAUUCAUGUUGGUCCGAGUCGUAUGAAUCAUUGAGAUGGAGAAUGUGUCCACCAAAAACACCACUCUCAGACAUUGAUCAUCCAUUAUUGGGCAAAAGAAAACACAAUCAAAUGGAAUCCUAUACAGACAUUGUCUAUGAACAAAUGAUGGAUGUCUUCUCCAAUCCAAUGCAACAAUAUAUUCAAGAUCAUAAGGUUCAAAAUGAAAUAUUCUUUCCAUUCGCUGGUUUUAUUGAAGUGAGUGCCACUGCUAUUAUGAAUCACUUUGAAUUGAAUUCAAACACCAAUGUUGAGCUCUGUUUGAAAGAUUUCAAAGUUAUUUCUCCAAUGAUUUUGAAAGAAGUGAGAAUACUUCAGGUUCAUAUCAACACUCAAUCGAAUCAAUUCCGUGUAUUCAGUCGAAAGAAGACGGAUCUUCUUUCAAUUCCAUUCUCUGAAAUUUCAAAGAAUCCAAAUCAACUCAAUGAAAAGUUACCAUGUGAUUGGGUGUUGCAUUCCUACGGAUCAUUCACCAUUAAGCAUAUUCAAGAAAUUGGAACUCCUUUGAUUCCAAAUCAAGAACGUGAAGAAAAAGCAUUACAUGUGUUUGAAACCUUCCGAACAGAACUCGAUGCCAAGACCAAGUCCACUCAUAAGGAAAAUCUCUACACACGAUUGAACAAGUCAGGAUUGAAUUAUGGACCACAUUUCCAAGGAUUGGAUGUAUUCUCUCAGGUUGAUCAAGACGAGAACAGAACUUCGUAUAUGGCACAAGUUUCUGAUCCAUCCGUUUUCUCUGAGAAUGAAUUUGCAUAUUGUGUAUGGCAUCCUGCUUUGUUGGAUUCCUGCUUCCAACUGUUAAUUUGUUCCAUGCCUGAAGAUACCACUUACUUACCAGUGUCAACAGAAAGUAUUUUCAUUUACCCUCAAAGACAACCAAAAAACCAAAAGCACCACAUGGUCUACUCCACUACCUAUCGUAACAGCGCUACUAAACAAGAUUCUCAAUUGAUCACUUGUGAUUUGCAUGUUCUAGGUAUGAGAAAUGAACCAUUCAUUUCCUUCAAGGGCUUUACAGCUGCUCCACUUGAGAAACGAGCUAAAACACUCACAGAAACAUCAAUUGUUGCCUCACAAUUUUCCGCAUCUCCUGCAACGAAUCUAUGCAAAUUGCCAUCAUUAGAGAGUAUUAAUGAGUUCAUGUCAAAGUUUGAUGAAAUUGAUGACUAUUCUAAAGAGCAUGAAGCUAUGAACAAGCUAGCCAUCAGAGUGUGUGUUCAGUAUUGCCUAUCUGUAUUUAGAGAAAUGUGUGGUGACAUGAAUGAAUUCGAUAUGCACGUGUUAAAUUCUUUGAUCAAGGAAGAUCAUUUGAAAAAGUUAGCAUUGCUUACCAUGCAAUUUGCUGUCACUUUAGGAAUGGUGAAACGAGAACAUGACAAGUUUAUCAUUAUUGAGAUCAUUCCAGACAAGAAGGAAUUGUUGCAACAGCUGAAAAACUUCCCAAGAAAGGAUUUAUACUGCAAUCUCAUUGAUUUAAUCGAAAACAGUUUGAUUCACAUGAAGCAACAAUUGACAGGUGAAGUUGAUCCUGUAUCUGUUCUUUUCUCAAGAAAGGAAAAGGUUCUCAAUGAUUACUAUGACGAAGUUUCACAUCAAACCAAGCCGUUAUUCGAUUAUAUUGUUAAAACUAUCUUGACCCAUAGAUCAAGCAGUCAAAAGGUAACACUGAGAAUUUUAGAAUUGGGAGCUGGUUUGGGAGGAACUACCAAACAAAUAUUACCAAUUUUACACUCGUUUAGAGACUUUUUAGAUGUGAAAUAUGUUUUUUCAGACAUUUCGAACCUGUUCUUGGUUAAAGCUAGAGAGAAGUUUGCUGAAUAUCAAUACUUUAUGGAUUUCAUUUUGUUGGAUAUUGAAAAGCCACUCCCUCCUUCCAUUGAAAAGGAAUCUUUUGAUCUCAUUAUUGCAGCUAACGUUGUACAUGCUACUAAGGACUUGAGUAACGUCUUGUCUCUUGUGAAUAGUUUGCUUGUAUCAGGUGGAGAAUUGUUCCUUGUUGAAAGUGAUCCAAACAGAGCUCAAUUCUUACACUAUUUCGUUGGUACCUUAAAAGGAUGGUGGUACUUUAAAGAUUCGUAUAGAGGUGAAUCAGCCCUUCUUUCACGUGAUGAUUGGAAACAAGCAUUAUCGGACUGUGGCUUCAAAAACAGUGUGUGUAUGUCUAUUCACUCUGCAAACUAUAUUGUCGCUCAAAAGGAUGCAGUCAAGAGUCAUUGGUUAUUUUUCACUUCGAAUUCCAAGUUAGAGGAAUCUCUUGCUACUUGUCUUUCUAUGAAUGGAGUGAAUGUGAUUCGAGUGAGUGCAAGAGUUGGUGCCUCAUUGUCUCAUGAGGACUCCAAUAAGCAAUCUUUCGAGAUUGAUCCAACCAACUUGGAACAUUUCCAAAUUAUUUUUAACGAAUGGACUUGUAUUUCAGGAAUCAUUUUUGGAUGGCCACUCGGUUUGGCAAGUAAGGACAACAACUUUUCCUUUAAUGACGUUUCUGAUUGUGUCAAUGCAUUAUACUCCAUUUGUAAGAACUUGAAAUUCAACACAGCAGGAUCCAAGUUGGUUGCUUUGACAUCUGGAGCAUUAGGAUUUGAAAACAGUGAUCGUGUCAAUAUUUCACAGUCACCAAUUGUUGGAUGUUUGCGAUCCAUUUAUACUGAAAUGUUUAAGAACAAAUUGAAAGUCAUUGACAUUGUCACUGAAGAGAGAUCAACCUCUUUGGCUCGCGAUUUAACCCAUGACAUCCUCUCACCACAAUACUCAGAUGAUGAAAUUGUUUAUAGUGACCAUGGAAGAUUUGUUCAUUUCUAUUCCAUUGUAGAUACUAACACUGCUAAAACAAGUCUCACUCAAUCUCCAUAUCAAGGUAGUUGGGUCAUUACAGGAGGCCUUGGCGGUAUUGGUUUAGCCAUGUGUGAAUGGCUCAUUUCAAAGAUGGGAGUUAAGCAUGUUGCCUUACUUACUCGAAGACAACCAAAGAAGGAUGAACAAUAUAUUUUAGAUAGAAUCAUGUUGAAUCAUCCAAAUACUUCAAUUUCUAUUCACACCACAGAUAUUUGUGAUUACAACAUUUUAUAUGAUACUCUCAAAGAGAUUCAUCAAGAACAUCCAAUCUCAGCCAUUGUUCAUGCAGCCAUGGUAUUGGCUGAUUGUGCAGCAAACAAAAUGACUCGUUCAAAUUAUGAAGCUGCUGCAAAACCAAAGAUUAUUGGUGCUUACAAUCUCCACAAAUGUACAGUGGACCUUCAAUGCAACUUGUCUGUGUUCUUAAUGCUGAGCUCUUUCAGUUCCCUCGUAGGUGCUUUUGCUCAAAGCAAUUACAACAGCGGAAACUUCUUCUUGGAAAUUUUGUGUAAAUAUAGACGAAGUUGUGGACUUGCUGCUCAAUCUCUCGGCUUGAGUCUAAUCACUGGAGCUGGAUGGGCCACUAAGGCUGAAGUUGAUGAAUAUUUCUGGGUUGGAGCAAUGCACAUCAGCGAUUUACUUGAUCAUUUUGAAGAUUUAAUUGCCAAACAAUCAAUUUUACCACCAGCAUUGACAUUCUUUGGAUUUGAUAUUCCAGAAGAUACCCUUCAACCUCACAUUGCAAGAUCGUACAAGAAAAAGUCAAGCACUUUAUCUCCACCAAUGAAUCACUCUUCGAAUUGUUCAACAGAUAGCAUUGCCAACAAGUUGAAAGAAUCUGUUGCCAAAGUUUUUGGUAUGUCUGCUAAUGAUCUUCAAGUUGACAAACCAUUGGUGGACUUUGGUUUGGAUUCUUUAAUGGCCGUUGAAAUUAGAAAUUGGAUUUCUCGUGAAUUUACCUUGAAUGUUACAGUUUCAACAUUACUCUCUGGUGUUUCGACCUCUACUUUGGUGGACAUGAUCACAAGUUCUCAAGUCGUUGGUGAUGUAAAAGCUGAAUCUAUGAAUGAGGCCAGUAACAACAUUAGCGAACUGACCCACAACAAUGAAGAAUUACUUGAAUGCAUUCAUACAGAAGAAAAAGGAAACAAAGUAUUGAUUUGCUUCCCAGCAUUAGGUAGCUCUACAGAUGAUUUCAAAGAGUUGUCCACUUUGGUACCCAAUCAUUCCAUCUAUGUGGUUCAUUUGAAUUUUGCAAACAACAAAUAUGAUUGGACUUUACAUUUCUGUGAAUUGUGGACACAAGUAGAAAGACUCUUCAAAGAGCAACAAGUUACAGUGUAUGGACAUAGUAUGGGAGCAUUGGUGGCGUUGGAAUUCACACGGUUUAUUCAAUCCAAUUUCAAUAGCAAACCCGUGCACUUGGUUGUGAGUGCCAACACACCAAACAAUGCCUUACACUCCAAUUCGUAUAAGAGAUGGAAAGAAAAUGGAGACGAAACUAUUAUCUAUGCCAUCACGGAUUAUGAGUUAUUCCCAACCAUUACUGCAAAUAUUCAUGAUUUGGAACAAAAAGCUACAAAGAUUAGAGAUUUACUUCAAAUUCCAACCUUUAGAAGUCAAUUCGAUUUCUUAUUGUUGUAUCACAGUUUUGAUGAUGAUAUGUUUGGAAAGUAUCAAGUUGAGUGUCCAAUUACUGUAUUUAGAGGUCAGCACGAUAAACUUGUGACUGAUAAGACUAUUCAUAAUUGGGACAAAUUUGCUGCAAGUUCCAUUCGAAAGAUUACUUUAGAAGGUGCUCACCACAAUCUCACUUCUCAAUACCUUAAAGAGGUCUCCAGGGCUAUCCUCAUGGAAGACAAUGACAGUAUGAGCUCACAACCAACCACUUGUCAAGUUGCUGCUACAAUGUGUAAUUCUGUUGAUCCAGCUACGCGUUCUAAUCAGACGAUGAACAAUGAAUUUAUGAACUUGAUUGAAUCGUUAACUCCAUUGGAAAAAACCUUAUUCAUCCCAAUUGUUUCAAGAGGUUUAGAAUCACAACAUCAUGAUGGAGUUAUUUUUGAUCGUGUUGCAUUAGAUAUUCUUACAAAGCUUCCAACUGAAUUGCAACAAGAUACAUCGAUGGAUGGAAUGACAAGAGCAAAUAUUGUGGGAAGAACACUUGUAUUUGAUCGUAAAGUACUCGAUAUUGUUCACAGAAGAAAAUCAGAUAAGAUGAUGGUAGUCAAUGUGGGUUGUGGACUUUGUUCUCGCUAUGAACGAUUGUUUGACAGAUCCAAUGAUGGAGUUUACUGGAUUGACGUAGAUUUGAAAAAUGUUAUUGAACUAAGGGAGAAAGUAAUAAGAACUCCUCAAAAUCAACACUACAGAACUAUGUCUGGAUCAAUACUCGAAGAGUAUACCUAUCGAGAACUUGCCGAAAUUAGAAAACAAUUGCAGGUUGGAAAAACUGAAAUUCCAGUUCUCAUCAUUGCAGAGGGGUUAUUCAUUUACUUUGAUCAUGAUCAACUUGUGCAAAUAUUUAAAUUGAUUGAGAUGGCCUUCCCUCUAUGUGACGUAUUGUUUGAAAUGUCAGGCGUUGUUCCUUAUUUGAUGACACCAAAAUCUGUCAAAUCCGUCAAUAAGGGUGGACCAUUCAAAUCCUUUGUUAUUGAUGCCAAUACUAGUGUAAGAUCUCUUCACAAGAAAGCCAAAUUAAUUUCUGAACACUACCAAUUGGAAGAAAGACAACAGUUAGGUGGUGUGAAUAAUCGAUAUCCUUUAAUACCUCCAAGCUGGAUUCCAUUUGCUGGAUUAAUGGCAAGCAGCAUGAGAGUAUUGCAUAUUCAAUUCCAAGCACAUGAGACGCACAAGACACUGCCAUACAGUACCGUUAUGCAUGUACUCAUUCACGUUUUGAUGGUAUUCAUGUUCAUUGUUCUCGCUUUAAAACUUUGCAUGUAA